GGGAAAGGCUGCCGGUCCAAGCCACGAUGGCGACGUGAUUAUUACCACAGAGGCUAAGCCCACUGGCGCAAUUAAAGCCAGCAAGCAAGCAGCACGCGGCGGCGGAGGAGGACCAAAAAAAAAAGGACAAAGCCAGAUGCAGCAGUAGAGGCAGAAUACAGAAGGUGGGAAAAAUAGAACCAGGCCUAGGUCGAUCCCGCAUCCACACCCCGUCCACUGGCGGCUGUUCCAUUUACACACCCUCGUGGCCCUCGCCCGUGCUGCUUGUUCUGGUGCUUCAUUUCUGUCACCACAUCCCCCGGCGGCCUGUUUAUCCUCUCUCACUUCCCUUUCUCCCCUCUUUCCUUCUUGUUUCUCUUCUUUUUCUCCCAUUUUCCAAACUUUGAAAUCCCGACUCGCAGUCGGCCCCGACAACAACGACAAAGCCGAACGAGUUGAGCUUCUGCACUAGCAAAGCUUCCUCUGUGCUCAUUUUCCAGCAGUUCUUUCAUCUUGGAUGGACCCUUUCACUUCUGAGCUCCCUCCCUCACACCACACCCACCCCCAAAGGCAGAAAAACUGGAGAUCUACAACCCUCCGCUCCCCUUCCAGAGCCCUGCGCCGACGCACUGAGCCGACCCAAAUCUUCACUGCGCACCCGCCCCAAAAUUAAACACGCUCUCCCCCAACGUCUGCCAAGACUUUUCCCUCCCACCUUUCCAAACCUUUUUUCCUACUCCUCCAAAAAAGACCGAACCCCAAGGGCUUGGCCGGCCGGUUCUCUUAUCGCCUGCCCCGCGUCGCUGGUCAUUGCGGACGGCAUUUUUCUUGUCCUCCAAGCUUCCCCGGUUUCUUAUCCUCUUCCCUUUCUCCUCUCCUGGUUUCUUCUGAAGCAAAGGAGCCGCCAAUUCCCGCCAACAAAAACAAACACCGCUGGCCUCUUCGCCAACCCCUCUGCGCGGUCCACAUUUGUUAUUUCCAUCACCCAAACCCGCCAAAAGGACCACUGGACUCAGCACUGCCAUACUAUUCCCGGCUAUACUGCUGGCGUUCACUCUUGCACGCACCACACCGUCUGUCACCCAGACUUCGCCAGCCCCUCUGGCAACAAAGGCUUGUUAGCCUCACUUCUUCUUUUUAUCCCUCUUCUCUGCUCAAAUGCUGCAAAGCAUAGUUGUGCCGAUGGAACCACACCGCUUGGGACCGGCCAGUCUGGCUAGCGUCCUGUCGGCCUCGCCACCAUCUACAUCAGUUUCUAUGCCGCCUAUUAACGCCGGCUUCAAGCACCAGCCUAUUGCCCCGGCCUCACGCAUGCCGCUUCCCAUGUCAACACCUUCGCCUUCGAGCCAAUCACCGGGUGACUCACGGCGAGAAUAUGGUGAUGACGAUAUGGUUAUGGAUGGAGUCAACAGCGAUGAGCCUGCUAAGAAGAAGCAGAAGCGCAACAAACCUACACUCUCAUGUCACGAGUGCGUUGAGCGUAAGACCAAGUGUGAUCGUGGUAGACCUCAUUGUCUAGCUUGCAUUAAGCGACAGACGGAAUGCAGAUAUGCUCAUGUUGCCAACCUCUUAGAAGAGACCACCCGAUCAGCCUCCACUGGCCGCAGGAUGACGAAAGCGCCCAAGAAGAGGCAGGGUGCCGACAGCAUGCUUCGUAUUCCUAAUCUCGCUGACAGGCAUACCGACGAGCACGGAAAGUCCCGGGGAGCAGUAGCCCUCUCUACCGGCCUGCUCUCUACCGCCCCCUACUCAAAAACGACCUCGAGCAAUGUCUUUGGUAUAGGAUCCGAACACCCGUUUGCAAACUACUGGACAUGCGGAGGUGGCCUGCCCGAGGUCAUUUCUGUUUUGCCAGAGAAGAUGCAAGCCGACAUUCUCCUUGGACGAUACUUUGAGUGUGUUGAUCCCAUCUACCCCAUGAUCCAUCGUCAAACCUUUUACGCCGACUAUGAGCACUUUUGGAGAAUGGACGAACGAGAACGCAAAGACGUAGAUGCAGCAUUUGUUGCUCAAAUCUUUGUUAUGAUUGCAAUGGGCACCCAGUUUGUUACAUCUUCAGCUCCGCGGGAGCGAAAGCAGUCUGCCGAGUUCUACGCCUCCGCUUGCAACCAGGCACUCCGCAUCUCGUCGUACCUGAGCACCGCAUCCCUGCGCUCCAUCCAGGCCAUGGUCUUGAUGACAUACUUUUUAAUCAACGACAACCACGCCUCGGAUGGCUGGGCCUUUGCUGGCAUCCUCAUUCGCCAGGCAUAUGCUAUGGGCCUCCACCGCGAUCCCAACAUUGUGACGCCGAACGCCAGUCCAUUUGAGAUGCAGCAACGCCGCAAGGUCUGGCAGGCUGUUCUGCUCCAGGACACAUUCAUGACAGUCCUCUUCUCUCUACCUCCUUGCACAACACACACAGACGUUUCCGUGGAUGACCUUCUCGACCACGGCUCGUCAAUUGCGAGCAGCGACCCUACCGAUAUGGCCUACAUUCGAGGCAACUGGACCCUUGCCAACCUGGUCCAAGAGACGAUUAGCUCGCCAAGAUCCUUGGAUCUUCCUAUUUGCACCACUGCCCGCCAUAAGUCAAAGCUGGUGGCCGACUUCCGAUCCGUUUACCGGUCUUUCCCUGAUGUGUUCCGCUCUUGGGAUGCUGAAAGUUUGACAGCAUUGGCACAUACGAAUAAGCGAGUUGUUCGCCAGACAGUCUGGCUCACCAGCAACUACUUCCAUAACCUCAUGCUUGUCCAUGCUUCCGAAAGCCCGGAUGUGCCACCCAAUGUACGCGGUACACUGGAGGCGGCCCACGAUGCCAUCAGCGCGUUUUUCCUUAUGUUCCAGCUUCUUGAGUCUGAGGCUCGAGUUUGGUGGGUUAUUAACCACCGCGCCUUCCUCGAAGCUGUUUGCAUUGGUAACGUGCUGCGUGAGGCGGCCAAAGAGCCUGGGGGUCCUGAGAUGCUCGAAAGAGAUCCCGUCUUUGUGCGAGCUCGUGCAGAUAUUGGCCGUAUGAUCCAGAUUCUUAAGAGUAUGGUGAACGACAACGAGUUCGCCCAGGCGCGUGUGGAAAUUCUGAGCGCCUACUUCUGAAGCAAAGAAUGGUGCUUGUAACUUUAUGUUUUUGAUUUUGGUCACGAAGCGAUUUUUGUUGAUUCGAUUUUUUUUUAUGUCAUAGAGCGUUACGCAUUGCAGCUUUUAUGCGGCGCAGCGAACCAGCGGUAUCAAAUGUCUAUGAUUUUUUGUCUUUUAUCCAUAAUUUAGAAAGAAUGAUCCACGAAGAAAAGAGCACAAUUUUACACAAUUCAUCAAAACCGUCACUUCGAACGCUCUUGUUUGGUCCCCCGUGUCUCGACUGAUGUCGCCUAUUCACCCCAGCCGUUUAGGGCAAACUACCAGCGGCUAUCUGCAACGGUCUUGGCAAUGGCCUGACCAGUGACGUAUGCGGAGAGGUGAGACACUACCAGUGUAGCGGCGCGGUGUAAGCUGAGACGCGGCCUGGAAUUCGCCAGGGAGAUUUCGCUUCAACGUGGAGGACAGCAAAACUAAGGUUGUAUUUCCUGUGUAGAGCAUGCUUCCCGGUGUCUAGAGGGCCAUUGGUCUACUGUCCAGAAUAGGUUGGAUAUCCGGAAAUCCAACAAGGGCAUC